UACCUACUUUAAAACGUGUGAAAUGCCUGAUGUUGAAACAGAAAGAGUACCCGAGAAUGGUACAGAUUGUGAAAUUAACCAGAAGAAUAUAGACAGAACAUCUAAAUUUGAUAACAAAUUAUUAAAACAGAAAACACGAAAACGAGGUAUAAUAUUUUUGUCGACGAUUCCCCCUUACAUGAACGUUGCCAAAAUACGUGAAAUAUUCAGUCAGUUCGGAGAAGUUGGUCGAAUUUAUCUUCAGCCGACUGGAAAACCAGGUGAAAAACGCAAAAGAGUUCCUAAUCAAUUCUCAGAAGGAUGGGUCGAGUUCGAAAAAAAGAAGAUUGCAAAGCAAGUCGCAGUGAAAUUAAACAAUACAAAAAUUGGCACUAGAAAGAAAUCCCGCUACUAUGACAUGAUUUGGAACAUUAAAUAUAUCCCUAGAUUUAAAUGGAUUCAUCUCAGUGAAAGAUUAGCAUACGAGAGGGCUGCAAUGAAACAGAGGCUGAGGGCUGAAAUUGCACAGGCAAAGAAGGAAGCACACUAUUUACAGAGUAAUGUAGAAAAAAGUAAAAAAAUAAAAAAGAAGAAAAGCAUGGAAAAUAAUUUAACUUCUAAUUAAAGUUCUAAAAUCUAUAUAUUUUAUUUUACUGAUCCACUUUAAAGUACAAGGACAUCAGCAAUGUCAAGAAUAUCACGGAGUCACCACCUGGUUUAGCAGCACAUAUGCAGCCUACAAAGCAACAAUUAUGAUGCCCAUGACUGCUUGUUUGAAUGUAUGAGGAGUGCUAAAUUUGUAUAAAUCAUUAAUAAUUGAACAUAUUUUUCUGAGCACUGUCCACAAAAAAGUACUUUUAUUUCUCUUGUAUUUUUCAGUAUGAACAGCAGGGAUUUUACUAUACGUGGUGAUUUGGAAGUUACUUCUUUCGCUUUGUUUUUUUUAAACUUUAUGUUGCAUAGACUAGAGAACAAGCUUAUUAUAACACACUUGGUGUCAAGUAGCAACC